AUGAUGAAUCUUAUGUUAUCAUUUAUUUUUCUCGCAAUAUUUCUUCCACAUAUAUCAAGUCUAUUUUCAUUGGAACAUAUCCUUUGUAAUCAAUCAAUUUCAACUCCAUUAAUUGAUUUUUCUAUAACAACAAAUCAAAAUAUAUCAUUAAAUCUUUGUAAUAUAACAUUCAAUCUUACAAUUCAUUCAAAUGAAUAUUUUUUUUCGCAAAAUAUUUCUGUUGAUAAACAAAUAACAAAUCCAAUAAAUCCUCAUUUUACCUAUAUAGGUAAUGUCAUUAAUGACGAUGAUGAUGAUCAUUCAAGUGUUAGUUUAGUUAUUUAUCCACAAUUGCAAAUUUAUUUAUAUUUAAAUGGUACAUAUUAUUAUUAUCUUUCAUUAUCAAAUAAUUCAGCAAUAACAUUAAAAUUUUCUCAACGACAAUUGUUACGAUAUUAUCCUCAAUUAGUUAAUGAUAGUUUAUGGAAAGUUUUACAGCAUGAAGUCGAUAAUUAUCAACAAAAUUCAUUUAUUUUACAUGAUUUACAUUUUAUAUAUGAGUUGUUAACAUUACGAUGUGAAUCCGAUAAUAUACAAUAUAAAACAAUAUCAUUUUGUUCGUUAGCUUUAUUAAUUGAUGAUUAUUUAUAUGAAAAAAUUUUUUAUUCAAAUAUUUAUUAUAUAUAUACAUUUAUAGAACAUUUUAAUUUUUUGUUACGUACAUUAACAUAUAACGAAUAUGGAGGUUUUUCAUUAAAAAAUUUAAAAUUAAUUAAUCAUAUUGAAAUAAAUUCGAAUCAAUCAUUUGAUUUACUUCAUAGAUUGUCAAAUAAUAUAAGUUUAUUAUCAAAAGAUUAUUGUCUUGUUCAUCAAAUGUUAAUGAUAAAUAAUGAACAUGAGAAUCAUAUUCUUGGUUAUCAAUCAUCAAUACAUACAUAUGAUAUUGGUGGAAUAUGUUCAUUACCAUUUCAUAUAAACAAUAAUAACCAUUCAGAAGAAAUCAAUCUUAAUAUUGGUUUAUCGAUAUUAAAUGAAAAUAUAACAACAAAUCUUUCAAUAUUUUUUAAUGGUUUAAUGAAGACAAGUUAUUUAUUUUUUCGUCAAAUGGGUUUAAAUUUAACAUUAUGUUCAAUAAAUGCAACACGAAAAGGUUUUUUUCAAUUUAACACUGAUUUAUCACCUAUUGUUCAACAUUGUAUUGAUCUUAUACCAAUAACAUUACGACCAGCACUUAAACGACGUGCACAUCUUUGUUUUAAUCAUAUUAGCAUUCAUAAUUUAACAAAUGAAACAAUUAAACAAAAUGUUAUAUGUAAACAAUCUAUUGAUUUACAAUCGUCUGUACCAAUUGAUGGAAAAAAUCGUAAAAGUCCGUAUAUUGAAAAUGCAUUAAAUGAUAAUCGACGUGGUGAAUGGUUUGAAGGAAAUAUAGUUGGAAUGAUUUUAACAUUUUCAUUAGUUAUAUGGAUACCUGUUAGUUGCUUUGUACAUUUUUGUGUUGAUGAAAUAAAUAAAAAGUCAUUAAUUGAAAAACAACAAGAUGUGGAAACAUCACCAAUGAAAUCAUCAAUUAUUGAACAAGUUGGAAUAACAAAACAAACACAAACUGAUUGA